UCUUGGAAGAGAAGAAAGGUUUUGGAGGACACGUGAGGACUACGAAAGGAGGGAAGUGAAAACGGAAUGAACCGGUUUUUGUUAUUGGACUCCGGCCACCCAACCCGAAUGGAAAGCCCGUAUCCACAUCGAUACCAGCAGCAAAGCCGUGGUCGCUACCGGGGAAGGGAUUAUACAGUUUUCUCAGGUUGCUUUCGCCGUUGCUCUGUUCUUUGUCUGUCAAUGGUGAAAACUAAAGAAUUUAAGUUUAACGAAGCUAGGGCAAAGGGGACUGAUAGAAGUAGUAAGCCUACCGUCAUGAAAAAAUUUCCGCUCAAACAUCAUACUGCUAAUUCUACCAAUACUACUGCCUAUAUUCAGAUUUUGGGUGUUGGAAUGGAUACUCAUGAUACAAUGCCUUCAAUUUUACUUUUCUUUGACAGACAAAGGUUUAUCUUUAAUGCCGGAGAGGGCUUACAACGAUUUUGUGCUGAACAUAAGAUUAAACUGUCAAAGAUAGAUCACAUAUGUCUUUCCCGCGUCUGCUCAGAGACUGUUGGUGGACUUCCAGGUUUGCUUUUGACUUUGGCUGGCAUGGGAGAUGGAGUGCCUGUUAACAUUUGGGGUCCUUCAAAUCUCAACUUAUUGGUUGAUGCUAUGAAGUGCUUCAUCCCUCAUCAUUCGAUGGUUCACACCAAUCUCGUCUCUCAUACUGGCCCUCUUCAAAUAGACAGCUCUGCAGCAGUUGCAAGCAAGUUCAAAGAUGUCAAAAUAUCAGCCAUUCUCUUACAGCCAAAUGGUGUGGAAGGUUCUGAUGUGAAGCCAAGUGAUGUGUCAGUGAUAUAUGUGUGUGAAUUGCAUGAGAUUAAGGGGAAAUUUUACAAAGAAAAGGCGGACGCUCUUGGCAUAACAGUGAAGACAAAAUAUAAGGAAUUGACUCAAGGGAAAUCAGUCAAGUCAGAUUUGUUAGAUAUCACAGUUCAUCCAAAUGAUGUAAUGGGUGCUCCAGUCCCUGGUCCUAUUGUGAUUAUAGUUGACUGUCCAACUAGUUCCCAUGCACUAGAACUUAUCUCCACACAAUCUCUUACUGAUUAUUAUUCAGAUUCCAGUAAUCAAUCACAAAGCGGCAAGAUUGUCAAUUGUGUUAUUCAUUUAGGCCCUGCUUCUGUUGUAAAUAGUUCUCAUUACAAGAAAUGGAUGAAAAAUUUUAGUUCAGCCCAGCAUGUUAGGGCUGGACAUGUAAUGAAUGAAGUGCAGAAUCCAAUCCUAAAAUCAAGUGCAAGGAUCACAGCCCGACUUAAUUACUUAUGUCCUCAUUUAUUUCCACCUAUGUCUUCUUCUAUUCAGCACCCCAGUAGUACUGCAUCAGACUUCAAUUUCUUAUGUGAGGAUCCAACUUCAAAGCUUUGUGAUGGCAUCUUUGCAGAAAAUCUCCUAAAGGUCAGUUUAUUUUGCCAUGCUCAUCUUGGAUUAGAUAGAUCAAAUAUUCCAAGUCCACUGGCAGCAUCAGCAGCCAUUGAUGAAUUACUUUUAGAGAGUCCAGAUAUAGCAGAUGCAGCCCAACAUGUUAGCCAGUUGUGGCAGAAACCUGCAGAGACAAAAGAGUGUGCUAUCUCUAUUCAAGAUAGUAAAGUUAUGACUGACAAGCCAAUCCUGGAUGAAAAUAGUGUUCCUAGUUGUCUGGAAAAUAUACGAAGAGACGACCUAGAGGUUACAUUUUUGGGGACCGGUUCGUCACAACCUUCUAAGUAUCGCAAUGUUACUGCUAUUUAUUUCAAUCUUUUCUCAAAUGGAAGUUUGCUCCUAGAUUGUGGUGAAGGAACCCUGGCACAACUAAAAAGAAGAUAUGGCAUGGAGGGUGCGGAAAGUGCUGUGAGAAAUCUUGCUUGCAUUUGGAUUUCUCACAUCCAUGCUGAUCAUCAUGUAGGCUUAGUUCGGGUUCUUACUCUGAGACGCGAUUUGUUGAAGGGAGUGUCACAUGAUCCAUUAAUUGUUCUAGGGCCAUCACAGCUUAAACGUUUUCUGGAUGCAUAUCAAAGACUUGAAGAUUUAGAUAUGCAGUUCUUGGAUAAUAAAGCCACUACAUUAUUUUCAUGGGAAACUUUUGAGUUAGAUAAUGAAUCAAACAAAAACAAUGAAUUGGUUUUUGAAAGGGAUGAAGAUGUAAAGAAUGGUAACUUAACUUCAUGUAGAGAAAGUUGUUCGCAGGGCAGUUCAAAAAGAUUAAAACUAAGUGUUCCGGUUGCCAAAAUUGAAACUUUUGCUUUACUAAACCGUCUGAAGAAAGUUCUCAACGAAGCAGGAAUUGAAAGGCUCAUCAGUUUUCCUGUUGUGCACUGCCCAGAGUCAUUCGGUGUUGUCCUCAAAGCUGCUGACAGAAUAAACAGUAACGGAAAAGCAAUACCAGGUUGGAAAGUUGUGUACUCCGGUGAUACUCGACCAUGCUCGGAAAUGAUAGAAGCAUCUCAGGGAGCUACUAUUCUUAUACAUGAGGCAACUUUUGAGGAUGGCAUGGCAGGGGAGGCCAUAGCAAAGAAUCACAGUACAACAAAGGAAGCUAUAGAAGUAGGAAACUUGGCCGCCGCAUAUCGUGUCAUUCUUACACACUUCAGCCAAAGGUACCCAAAAAUCCCUGUAUUGGAUGAAAUAAGCAUGCACAAAACCUGCAUAGCUUUUGACCUAAUGACUAUAAACUUGGCUGAUUUGCAUGUGCUCCCUAAACUUAUUCCAUACCUAAAAUUACUUUUCAGAACUGAGAUGUUAAUUGAUAAUUCAGAUGAUCAUGUUGAAGAAGCUGGUUUAUAAUUGUAGGCAAUUUAAUUUUUUUUAAUUAAA